UGCCUGUCGUGCCCUGCUGACUGCGCUGCUCGAGAACCUCAAAGACAAGUUGAACUACGCCCAAUCUCGCGUGGAAGCAAUAAUUGAAUUGUAUCGAUCUUUGCACACAGCGCAGCGUGUCGAUCUCUCCGUGCUGAGCAACUGACUCGAGCCGACUCGAGCCGACUCGCACUCUCCAAGACCCCGCGAUGCCGCGUCUGCUUCAACGCACCCGGCGCCCCGAGGCGGCCCCGGGACGCUCGGCCGGCGAGGAUGUUCCUCUCGAGCUGCCGCCUUACGAGCCGCCCUCGUACCCCAUGGACGAAAAGAUCAAGCAGAAGCUGGCAUCCCUGUACAGCAACCGCGAGAUCGACAGCUCGAGGCGCCAGUACGAGAAGCAUCUCAACAAGUCGACUGCCUUCCUGUUUGAGAGCGUUGGCAGCAUCAACGACAUCCUCUUUGCGCGCAAAAGAUCGCUCUCCCACAUGGCUGAGAAGCGUCGAGCGAGGGGCGACGAGAAGAACGAGGCCGAGGUGUCUCUCGAAGAAUACGUCGCCCAGUUGGACGCAGCCAUCACCGAGUUGACCGACUCAUGCGAAGAGGCCACGCGUUGGCUGAUUGACAGCCGUGCCGAGCUUGAGGACCAGCAGGCUGUGCUGGAAAAGGUGAUGGAGGGGUUGAACGCUCAGCAAGCCCGACCGGAGCCAAAACCGCAAGAGCCCAGAACAAGGGCUUCGAGGCGGCGCGUAGUUGGCAGUGACGACGAUGACGAUGACGACGGCGGGGCCUCCGGGGAUGCCGCAGGCGAAGAAGGUGACGACGUGGUGGAUGGGGCCGAGGCCGCAGCGGAUGUCCCCCCUCUGGUUGGCGUCAAGGAGCUGCUGAACGCUGCCCGCAAAGCGAAGAGGGACGAGUACGAGGCAUUGAGCGCCUACCAGCGAUAUGCCGUACACAACGACUACAUCGCGUUCAAGAAGAACUGGCACGAUGCGCUGCACUCAGAAGACCAGGUCCCGCUCCCAGAUCCGUCCACGUGGUUCGAUGACCAGGGGCGCCCUACAAAGGGAGUGCCGCCCGACGCUCACGAAGACGACGACCUCGUGGUUGAGCGCGAGAUCAUCGAUCUUAAGUGCCCGCUCUCGCUGCAGAUGUUCAAGGAGCCCUACAGCAACCACCAGUGCAAGCACACGUUUGAGAAGGCCGCGAUCAUGGAGUUUAUUCGAAGCAGCGGAGGCGUUGCGAAAUGCCCUGUCUGCUCAAAGGACCUGCGUAUCAAGGACCUGUAUCUCGACGAGGUUGUCCUGCGGAAGGUCAAGCGAGCAGAGCAAGCCGCCAGGCGAGGGGAGGCCGACACAUCCGAUAUUGAGCCCGAAGAAGAAGACGUUGAUUCCAGCGUGGUCAUCGGGCCAUCCACCCAACUCAAAAAGGAGAGAGACCGAUCCCGCCGCCGAAUGGAGGAGAUCGACGACGAUUGAUGUCAAAAAAACCAACAUGAAAAUUGCCAGCCCAUCGUUUUGCUCCCUGCCGCUGUCGCUCACCCGGUGCGCCAGGAAGUACUGAUCCAA